AUAUGGUAGAGUUUACAAUAAAUGGGAAUGUUACAAACUUUGAAGUCACCAAAGUGGAAGGAUCCAAUAUUUUUGUUAAAGUUGAAACCAUGGAAAAUUUACUAGAAUUUACAGAAGCUGAUAAUGAAUACCGAAGCAAUGCUGCAUUUGAGAAGAUUGGUGAUAAAUACAAGGUGUACAAUUUAUAUGAUCUUAAAGAUACCUUUAUUUCAGACAGCAAAAUGAAUAUAAUUUCCACCAAACAUUUUGAAUUUCUCAAAAAUAACUGCUCAGCAGAUACCAACUGAGUUAGACAAUGAGAAAAACAAUGCCAAAUCCAAAAUUUAAAACUUUCAAAUAAUAUUACACAUAUUAUUCCUUUAUGAUCCUAAAAUUUCCAAGACUUAGUUGAUAAUUAAAAUUGCAAGAUCAAUCUAAGCAAACCACAACAAAUUUAUUUGAUAUUAUAGCUAGCAUCUUUCACAGAUGCAAGAUGCACUUAUUUUGUCAAUAUAUUAGAUAUGCUGAAAA